AUGGAUACUCUGUCGGUCGUGGCCGCAAUUGCAGGUAUUCUUGGAGCGGGCGCACAGAUAUCAGCAAGUCUCUCUACUCUAAUUACGAAGAGUCGGAAGGCACCAAAAGACAUUAAGAAAGUUAAGGAUGAAGUCGACACGAUUCGUUCCGUGCUACAUCAGCUUCAAGCUUUCUUACUAGGAAGUGCGAGAACGAAUCGAGCACGUACGUCGCUCAUUCUGGUUGACCAGGUCGUGGUCACACUUUCAGCCUGUGUCAGCACAUUUUCCGAACUGGAUGUGAUUGUGGGAACUCUAGUCUCGGACGACAAACUUGGCCUGAUGGAUCGAUUGCGUUGGGCCACGAAGGCAAGUGCAAUCGACGAGUGCUUAAAGAACUUACAAAUUAAGAAGAGCUCAUUGACUUUGAUGCUCACAAUCCUGACCUGUCAGUCGUCUUACGUAGCGGAAGACUCGGUUAAACAUCUUGAAGGACUGGUUGAGAACAUGUUAACUGGUCAUGAAAGGCUAGCUCAACGGCUGGCCUCCUCCGAGACGACGGUAGCACGCACCAUUGACAUUCAGACUCAGACAGACAACGCACGUCUUUCAACCACCAGCAGCAUCAGGGAAAACCAGUUCGGUUUCGUCUUUCAAGAAGAACUCAACGAAAGCUGGGUGUACCAGCGUGCAGCACGGAACAUGGAUGGUUCAUCUUCACUCGUCAGCUCGGCCGGUAGAACAGCAUCAUGGUCAAUACUUACAGGGCUCAGCCUGUCAGACAUCUCUAACAUUGCUGUUUUAUCGUUACCAAUAUAUGCCGAAGAGAUCAGCAACAGAGAAAUGUAUCAAUUUGGGGAGGUCGAUAGCGAUACCUUGAAGCGAGAUCAUUCUUUGAAGACUGUUGUCGAGCAAAAAGGUGGUGUUCUGGUUUUGAGUAAACUCAAUAAAAUCGCUUCAACGAGGCUACGAAGAAAUCAUAGCGUGAGGCCAGCUAUCGAAGAUGAGUGGCAUCUUACUCCUGUAUUUGGCGUGCCUCUACGUCUUAGCAUCGAGAUGGCUUGUGCCGCGAUCUCCGGAGUCAGGAAGGACGGAAAGCCCUUCAUCUGGGGCCAUGUUCCCAUGGUUGUUGCAAGAUGUUGUGCUUAUAUCAGUGCAGAAGGCUUAGAUUCCAAGGACAUCUUUUUCAAAUCUGGCUCAGCGACACGAAUACAAGAGCUCUAUAAUCUGUUCAGCAGCUAUUGCUCGACUGGUCACUAUGGCAGUGCAAUGACAUGGGACAAAUAUGAGGUUGAUGAUGCUGCAAGUCUUCUACUACGUUAUCUCAAACUCUUGCCGGAACCAAUUAUUCCAUACAACUGCUAUAAGAACUUCACAGCAAUAUACGUGGAACUUGCUUCAGCAAUGAACAUAUAUGGUGGACACAAUAGGGCACGGUUAGAUGCGAAAACUAAGUCCAGAUUACUGGCGACAGUCAAUCAGGCGCUUGAGGGAACACCCGAAGUGAACCACCACCUGUUGAUGUACUUGCUCGCCUUUCUUCAAGCCUGUGCUGGGCACUCGAGUCAGAACCUCAUGACCCCGGAUCGUUUGAUUGCCGUCUUUCAGCCUUCACUUCUGUCUCUUCAGCCGGACAAGAUGUCGAUACAAGAGCACCAGAUUGCGCACCAGGUUAUGGUCUUCAUGAUAGAUAACUUAGUUGAAGGAGAAUCUGACACCAACCCCUAUCGUCACAUAUUUGAUACUUCCUAA